AGACAACACCGGAAGAGCUAGGCUUACUAAGUCUUUAAGGAGGAAUGGAGCAUUGGAACUGACAUCAUGAAUUUUGUUGGAAAAACCUGUCUUUUUGUAUUAAAAAAACCAUCAAUAACCCCAGAUGGCCUCCCAAGGAGUUGGUAAUGAAGAACCUGGGAUAGCCUCAGCAGGUGGUCCCCCAGCAAGCCAGGCGGAACCAGAGGUGAUAAAUAAUUCUGUCUACCAGCCCAUCGAUCAAUUGCAAAAUCACCUGAAGGAGAAACUACAAGCCUUUGGGUUCAUUGUUUCAGGAUCCUUAUCUGUUGCAGCUGGGAGAAAACCCACAAGAGCGCUGGUGCAAAACACUUUUGGAAUGAAUAUUGCCAGCGCUACUGUGGCUCUAGUUGGGUUUGUUUUUCUCUCAGUAAAUUUAGCAGUUAAUAAGCAGUCUUUCAAGAACUGUGAGUCUUCACAGUCACAGAACUUAUGCAUUUAUGUGGGCAUCUUUUCAAACGGCCUGAUGUCCCUAAUGCUGAUCCUUACCUUGUUGGAAUUGUGCAUAAGCAUCUCUGUCUCAGCCAUGUGGUGCAUAGAAAGCUCACGUAAUUCGACUGAGGUGAUUUCCACUCCUUCCAAUUCUGUACAAGCAGGAAUGCCUCCUGAUGAAAAUAAGUCUGAGAGCAAGGAAAUUCAAGCUUAAAUCUCCAGUGAGUCAGAGCUUCACCCAAGAACUCGGGAGGAUGGGAGCCUGCAAAACGCAAUCCUGCUCUCUUAGGGCACCAAUCAUGAGAAACUUGAAUAUUUGACUCAAUUUUCUUCUGUUCCAAUUAUAAACCCCAUUAGUAUGUUUGGAUAUGGAAGGAAAAAUAUACUUCUUUAGACAUUCUUGGUUUUGUAACGUCUGUGAUC